UAAAGAACUCACAACCCCAUCAUUAUCAAUUGUAACCUCACUCUGUAAUGGUGACCCGCAGAGUGGGCGGGAAAAAAACGGGGGAGGGGCGUGGUGAGCCAGGCUGUGGCGAGGCUGGACGCGCGUCAGCACAGGCCGGACGCCCUCACACAAUCCUCGGGUGACCGUCAGCCAGCACGCAUGGCUCCGUCAGUUCGCUGCGCCGGCCGCGAGUGAAGCAUACGACGCUGCGGCUGUUUCCAAAGAGCCACCGCUGAUGGGGCUGUGGGGCCGCCGCGGCGGGAAGCCCAGGACCCGAGACAAGGUGCGGGCCUCACGAAGUAGCUCCUACAGCGACGACUACCGCAUUACGCCCGAGCUGACGCCGCCCGAUACCCACAAACAUGGAGGACGGGCGGACAUCCAGUGCUGCUGGCAAGAUGGCGACUGCUGCCCCGAGCGAGGGCCGUGCUGCUCGCAGGACAAGCGGUGCCUCGAGCCUGCCAGGCCCAAACGCAGCCCCAAACGAGGCCGCAGCACUUCUGCGGGGUCGCGAAUGUCGUCCUUCGGUGGCGUGGAGGUGGUGGUAGUGAACGACAGACACGUGGACCUACGACGCACGCCAUCGUGCACAUCUUGUGAGUCUUGUGACACGUGUCGGUGGACCUCGUCAGGAUCCAUCACAAGAAUCCCACUCAAGAACAACCUCUUUACCUCGCCUCUGCUGGCCCACCAAGACCGGUCCCCCUCACCACCAAAGGGCCAGGCGGGCCGCCGCUACAGUAACAAGGUCAAUGUGGACCAACCCGAGGCCAGCCCGAAGGGACAGGGUUGGCGCCAGGCGGGGGGGUCACCUUCCCGAAGAAAGGUCAGUCGUAACAGCACUUCCUCAGUCACCAGUGCCCAAGAAUCCGACAACAGCCGGGACACGAAUCAGAAGAGGCUCAGUCGUCGGGACACUCACAGACUAGCUCAGCAGCACCGCCAGUCAUCAGGUGUGACAGCCGGGGACGCCAAAUCUCGUCGAGCCGCUCAAUCUGACCCCGACCCUGCGCCCAGCCACUCCAGCCACCGGAGCCCCGAGGAUGAGGAUGAUGUGGGUGACGCAAGCAAGAAGACAGAGGGUGGAGGAGGAGGUGGAGGGCGAGGGAAGCCGAGUGGCAAGACCAACGCGGCGGGGCGGAAGAGAAGCAGCACCACCACCACCACUACCCCCGCCGCGCCUACAGCCACUACCAAGGCCACCGCUUCCCUCACCCUCAGCAAACGAGACCUGCUGAACCAGAUGGUCAACCAGACGAAACAACACCGACAGCAGAUCAGGUGUCUCGAGAGUGAGCUGGAGAGGCUGAGAUCUGGAGACGUGCUGAGUCGCUGCGAGGUGAACGCCACCGACGUGGAGUGGCGGCCAGGGAACGUGGUGGGGGAGGGCUCCUUCUCUACGGUGUACCGAGGCUCCUACUGCGGCAUCGACGUGGCGGUGAAAGAGCUCAAGUUCAAACUUUCACAGGACGACAAGAAUUACUUCCGCUCCGAGGCGGCGCUCCUGCAGCAGCUCCACCACCCCCGCGUCGUGCUGCUCAUGGGCGUGUGCACCACGGCGGCGCGGCCCUUCAUGGUGCUGGAGUACCUCUCUGGCGGCACCCUGCACAGCCUCGUCCACGACCCCACACGGGAGUCACUGGACCACGCCGCUUACUUCGCUGUGGCCCGCGACGUGGCGCAAGGCAUGAACUACCUGCACCGACACGAGCCCCAGGUGUUACAUCUCGACCUCAAGUCCAUGAACGUGUUGUUGGACGCUUACUUCCGAGCCAAGAUUGCCGACUUCGGGUUCUCCAUCUUGAGGCGAUCACGGAGCGGGUCGCCGGCACAGCGCGGCUCCAUAAGAGGGACGCCAGCCUGGAUGGCGCCAGAACUACUGACGAAGGGAGACGUGUCGACCAAGUGUGACGUGUAUAGCUACGCAAUCAUCCUGUGGGAGAUGCUGUCGUCAAGUCAUCCUUUCAAGGGCCUAGACAUUUUCCAAAUAAUGGAGACCAUCGAGGCAGGGGGCCGCCCGCCGCUGCCUUCGGGAGGAGUGUCGCCUGAGCUGCGGGAACUCAUCACCUCCUGCUGGGCCCAGAACCCUUCCCUCAGGCCCAGCUUCGAGGAGAUCCUUGGUGCCCUGGACGCAGCGGCCAUCCCGGGGUCUUGGCGAGGGGUGCUGCAAAAAGCCAACGUCACCCCGAGGUUGCUCUCUGAUGUGGCAGCCACCAGAACGAUAAUCGGCGUCGUGGAGGAGAGCGUCGAGCUGGUGCGCCGCUCCCUGCAGCAGCAACGAGCCUCGGCCGCACACAAGGCGCUGUAUGACCGCCACACGACAGACAACAAUGAUGACAAAACAUCCAAGCUCCCUCGAGAGUUUGUCGCUGGCUCUUCACCUUCGCGCCGGCCGUCCCCGCGCAGACAAGUGGAAGCCAAGCGGGCACCCUCCCGAGUGAGUGGCCCCAGCCGUGGACUCCAAAACAAAAUAGCGCUGCGAGAUUCUGACCAACAAUAUUCGCAGGACAAAACAGCGUUACAACGGAGGAAUGGUUCUGACAGAAUAGAUAGAAACAGAACUACCUACAACGAAAGUGUCGACAGAUGGGCACAGCGAGGUCAAAGUAGGGAGCGAGGAGUCCGCCGCACUGACAGCAGACACAAUCGCCAGGACAGAAAAACAGAGGUAGCAGACAAGGAUGAAAGGCGAGGGAGGGACCGAGUGAAAAAAUAUGGACGGUACAAAGAUAGAGACAUCCAUCACGAGCUUGGCAGAGGGGGACAGAAGGGCCUCAGUCAGAGCAGACGGCCACCUAGAACAAUGGUGGAGCCUCAGAACCGUGAGAAGCGUGCCACCAGCCUUGAGGUGUAUCGCCACAGGGACAUCCGCCGUUCUUCAAGCAGAGACCAUCAAUCCAGGAACAAUGAACACCACCGCUUUAGCAGCAGUGAUCGCCAUGCGAACCUUCGCAGAGACACUCGUUACCGCAACCUUCACCACAUUGAGAGAGAAUCUUCAGGUGAAGACAGAUGCCACGAUCAUGAACAUCUGGGUGACAGUCAGGAUAGUCUGGUUAGAGAGAGUUGUACCGAGUCCUGGGCCAGCACUGAGGGGAACAGCAGACACAGCUCUCAUAUUGCUCAAGAAAAAAUCGGUGACUCUCGCUUGAUCACUCGGCGAUAUUCUCCGAGUCCUCGACGGCGCUCACCAGAUCGCCGGUACUCCUCCCCAACCAGAGCACCAGAUUACCACAGGCGGCGCAGCCCCGAGCGGCGCCACCCCUCUCAUAGCCCACAACGACGUAUGCAAACUCCCGAAACUAGGAGAAGCGAGUCCAGUUCCCGUCUGGGCCUCAUGGUAACGUCUGAGCAGCUGAUGAGUCAGAAACAGAGACUUCGCCCCGUUAGGCCAGCAGCUCUUUCUGAUUUAAGCAACAUCCCUGAGCACUCCCUCAAUGACAUUUCCCUCAUCCUCAAGACAGCCAUGACCAAGAGGCGUGACGCGUUUGAUGAGGAGCUCAGUGGACGUGACACCUUCCAUUCUGAGGACCUUGAUUGGUCAGACUGGCACUGAUCACCACUAAGUGAGGAAUGGUCACUAUUCACGCCAAACAAGUAUCAUAACAAAGAAUAUUACUACGUUUUCUGGGAUUGAGGUAAGCCCUUUUGUCCAUCCUCUUACUCUAUGGGGGACAUCUGUUGCCAAUAUUUGGCUCUGGUGGCAGACAGCUUUACAGAUCCCUUUUCGUGAAAUUUCAAUUGUGCAUCUAUCAAAAUUAGUAUGCAUCACUUGCCAGCAUUAUCUCUGUUGUUGUUUCACUGCUAUUUGCAAGAAGAACUUAAUUAUUUAAUUGAAUAAAGCAGCAUGGUAACCAAAACAAACCCAUCUUAUUCAGGCUUAAUAGGAAUAUGAAGAUGAUUUAAAAUUCUCACUCUGACAGUGACUCCCAUGGGGAUGUCAACAUAUUUGUAAAUAUUAGUAAUCUGCAAAUGUAUUCAUUUCGUCUUAAUAAUCCUUCAGACUAAUUUUCUGAAAGAGCAACAGUACAAGUUUGUGCAUAUUCGUGUAUAAAUAUAUCACCCAAUAUCCAAAAAGCCAUAAAGCAUCUGGGUAACACUCACUCUUUCACUAUUUUAUCAUGUCCUCAUUUACCCUUCGUCAGCUCAGGGAGUGGCAACUUAUCACUAACAGUCAACUGCUUUAACUUUAUAGCCAAAAGCAUUAUACUUUACAUCAGUGAUCUGAUAUUACACUCACAUUUGAAUCUACUUUAUAAAUGAAAACACGGAAAUAGAUACGUUUAAUACAAUUUACGCUCCAUAUUGUGGCUCACUUGUUCAGAGGGGGAAUUGGGAUGGUUGUAUACAGGUGAAAUGGCACAUAAUGAUUACACAUUACUUCCUACAAGAUGUAGUUUUUUGGUAUUAGCUUCUGUGUACAUUUGUAUAAUUCUGUUACAUAUAUUCAAUACCAGUAGUGCAAAAUUCUCUAGUAAUCAAGCUGAGGCUGGGUUUACUUUGAAAAUUAAAGUAUAUAACCUUCAGCUAGACAGCAUAUCUAAACUACUCUUUACCUGAGAACUGCACCAUCACUGUGUUUGUGGCUGCAAGCAACCGUGUAAUAAAUGUAUACCUUGUUACCACUAUUGUAACUUAUUCCUCCAUCAGACAUUGUGCAAGCAUGUACUUGCAUCACCUCUCUUCCUCCAUGCAGCCCAUAAUAUUUUACCUACUUUUAAAAUUUGCAGGCUUAGGUCCUUGUUAACUGCCUGGUUUAACUAAAAAAAUGUCUAAAAAUCUGUAUAAGCUUCAGAGGAGGGCAGUUUUAUGAAAAAGCAAAACUGACAAUGAGUGCAACCAAAAACUAAUUAUAUCCUCCACUAUAUUAUAGGGACUCAGAGAUAUAUCUGUCCACCAAAAUCAAAUGUUGGAUGUAAAAUAUGAUUUUAAUGAAAAACAGGGUAUGAGAAAAAAGUUGAGUACAUUGAUAAAAAGAGAAAACAAGAUGCAUGAAUUUACAUGCAGGUGUUUUACAAAAGCAUUAAGAACUAGCUGAAUAAUAGAUGUGAAAAGUCAUCUGAUAUAAAGAACAUGGAAAAA